AUGCUGACCGAGGUCAACCUUCGCACCCAGAAGCGCCUUGCCGCCUCCGUGGUCGGCUGCGGCAAGCGCAAGAUUUGGCUCGACCCCAAUGAGAUCACCGAGAUCUCUAACGCCAACUCUCGCCAGACCAUCCGCAAGCUCGUCCGUGAUGGCCUUAUCAUCCGCAAGCCCGUUGUCAUGCACUCCCGCGCCCGUGCCCGUGAGCUCACGGAGGCCCGCAGAAUCGGUAGGCACAGGGGUUUGGGUAAGCGCAAGGGUACCAAGGAUGCCCGUAUGCCCAGCCAAGUUCUCUGGAUGCGUCGCAUGCGUGUCCUCCGUCGUCUCCUCGUCCGGUACCGUGCCGCUGGCAAGAUCGACAAGCACCUCUACCACGAGCUCUACCACCUGAGCAAGGGUAACACCUUCAAGCACAAGCGUGCUCUCAUCGAACACAUUCAGAAGGCCAAGGCUGAGAGACAGCGUGAGCGCCUGCUCAAGGAGGAGAUGGACGCCAAGCGUGCCAAGAACAAGGCCACCCGCGAACGACGACAGGAGCGUCUCGAGGCCAAGCGUAAUGCUUUGCUCAACGAGGCUCAGGCGGAGUAA